CGCCCCCCCCCCCCCCCCCCACACACACACACACACACACUCUCAAAAAUGUUAAGAUAGAUAGAAAUGUGAGAAGUUACAACAUGAUCUUUUUUUUCUCCUAUCAUAUCCAUGGUGUAAGUGGACAAUUUCUAAGCCCUCUUUUCUUGGUUCCAUAAGACUUUGCAUUUUUUCGCCACUGAAAAAAAUCCACACAAAGGCAUUUGCUAGGGAGAUGUGUUUGGAUGGAUGCUAUUUCUUCGUUUAGAAAAACCUCUAGAUGAAUCCAUCAUUGCACUCUGCUUAUGGUUGUUUACAUUGAAAUAUUACUGCGUAUGAUGUGUUUUAUUCUAUUUACGCUAUACUAACCGGAUAUGACGUUUACGUCUGCGCUACGUGCAUUGCUUAAGUUUUUACGUAGCUCAGUCUUGAUGGAUGGCAAGAUGAUAGAAACAUCUGCAUGCUAACCAAGUAUUUCAACAAGAGUCACACAUAAGGUAACCCCCAUAUAUUACUUAUAUAAAGUAUGGUUAUUGACCAUCUAUGUGCAAAACCACAGCUGUCAGAACUUCUUGUUUUACCCUGGAAAGGAAAGAUCAACUAUAGCUUUCAAAAUAGAGUAAUCAACUCCAUUUGACAAUUAUUAUACGAAAAAAUAAUUCAAACUAUGGAGCGAUAAUAUAUGAAAUAUAUAAAUAGCGGUUUAACCUGUGUUAUACAUUCGCAUAUGUAUGCUUCUGGCUUCCUUUUUCAUUUCAUUGUGAGGUCGUGAUAUGUUUAUUGUGAAGGGUUUAAAGCGGAUAUGUCUUCUGUGUGCUUUAAAUAACUUGUGUGUCCGCAGGUAGCUCGGCUAAACGUCGACACUUUAAAUAAGUUGGAGUUUAAAAGAUUGAAGUGACCAUUGGAAUGUUCGUAAAAUGACGAGAGCGGCAACGAAUGACUCCUCAUGAAGUCCUUAUGGAGUCACAGCUGUAAGACGUCGUCAGCCUGAUGGAAAGCACCUGGCGGGUCCCAGUGGCGUGUUGUCGGCCUCGAGUGCUGGUCCUGCACGCUGUGUUCUGGGGUCUAGUGGCCUUGAGGGUAUUUGGGGCGGCCUUGCUGGCUGAAGACAAGACUGCGGUGGUCAAGGCUGUCAUCGCCCCCUGCUGGCUGCUGGAGGAGUUUGUGGUCACGGCGGAGUGUUCUCAAUGUAGCGCUUUCCAGACGACGAGGCUGGCGUGCGGCCACACGGGUUAUGUGGAGCGGGUCAACUGUACCAAGUCCAACAGAGAUGAGUACAAGAGCUGCCGCUCUGCUGUCAUGGAAGAGCAUCUCUUCUGGAAGUUUGAGGCGGCCGUGUUGGCCCUGAUGGCCCUCUCCGCUGUCAUUGUGGUCACACGCCAGCGUUGGCUUGAUCGACUUGCCUCAGAGAAAGUCCGCCGACAAAUUGAGUCCAUCUAGGAAUGCUCAAAAACCUGAUGGUCAUGAACUCAUCCUGAUGACAUCCGGAGUGUUGAAAUGUCCCAGCAUCUUUGAACACAGCACCAGGUUGUUUUCAAUAAAGUCCACUCUGAGGUGGAAGAUAUGAAGUCUUUAUUUAGUAAAAAUCAUCAAGAAGUUUGUUGAAAUAAAAUGACAAAUGAAAAGAGGAAGCAGUCAUUGUUCUCCUUAGGUUGGGACUUGCAAACAGGAAGGUGGUGUUCUAAAAGACUCAUAUGUUCCUAACAGGCCAAUCAUUCAUAAUAAUCAAGUAUUGAUCAUUGAGUCAAUGUGACGUUUCAUCGCAUUUGUAAAACCAUCUCCUGAUUGGAGGCUUAGAUGACAUCCUAAAUAUUAAAAGUAACCUUAAAA